UCUUGGGGGCGGUGAUGUGCCCUUGCCCACAACUACCUUAACCGCCGUUACCGGCAGCUCGGCUGCUCAGAGAGGUCGAGACUCUCCGAGGUGACUGACGUUUGAUAGCCGGGCAGAUACCAAAUCUCAGCAGCCAUGUCAAAACAACACGAUGCUUUCAUCCAGACCCAGCAGUUGCAUGCUGCCAUGGCAGACACAUUCCUGGAACACUUGUGCCGUCUGGACAUUGACUCUCCCCCAAUCACUGCAAGAAACACUGGCAUUAUCUGCACAAUUGGCCCGGCUUCUCGGUCAGUGGAAAUGCUAAAAGAAAUGAUUAAAUCUGGAAUGAAUGUUGCUCGUCUCAACUUCUCUCAUGGAACCCAUGAGUACCAUGCAGGAACAAUCAAGAACGUUCGAGAAGCUACUGAGAGCUUUGCUUCUGAUCCUAUUUCGUACAGACCUGUUGCUGUUGCACUGGAUACUAAGGGACCUGAAAUUCGCACUGGACUCAUCAAGGGGAGUGGUACAGCAGAAGUGGAGCUUAAGAAAGGUGCAACUUUGAAAAUGACCCUGGACAAUGCCUUUAUGGAGAAGUGCGAUGAGAACACACUUUGGGUGGACUACAAAAAUCUCACCAAAGUUGUUGAUGUUGGCAGCAAGAUCUAUGUGGAUGAUGGACUCAUUUCCCUGAAAGUUAAGGAGAAAGGUGCUGAUUUUGUCAUCACUGAAGUUGAAAAUGGUGGGCUGCUAGGCAGCAAGAAAGGUGUAAAUCUGCCAGGUGCUGCAGUAGACCUUCCUGCUGUUUCUGAGAAGGACAUCCAGGAUCUAAAAUUUGGUGUGGAGCAGGAUGUAGACAUGGUGUUUGCUUCCUUCAUCCGAAAGGCAGCUGAUGUUCAUGCUGUCAGGAAGGUGCUGGGAGAAAAGGGAAAGAAUAUCAAGAUCAUUAGCAAGAUAGAAAACCAUGAGGGUGUACGUAGGUUUGAUGAGAUCAUGGAAGCUAGUGAUGGCAUCAUGGUAGCCCGUGGUGAUCUUGGUAUUGAGAUUCCUGCUGAAAAAGUCUUCCUCGCCCAGAAAAUGAUGAUUGGUCGAUGCAACAGGGCUGGCAAGCCAAUCAUCUGUGCUACUCAGAUGUUGGAGAGCAUGAUUAAGAAACCACGGCCAACACGUGCAGAAGGGAGUGAUGUAGCUAACGCUGUCCUGGAUGGAGCUGACUGUAUCAUGCUUUCUGGAGAGACUGCCAAAGGAGACUACCCUCUGGAGGCUGUCCGCAUGCAGCAUCUUAUUGCUCGCGAGGCUGAGGCUGCAAUCUAUCACCGCCAGCUGUUUGAAGAACUUUUCCGCCUCACUGCUAACAACAGGGACCCUCUUGAUGCCAUGGCUGUAGGCGCUGUGGAGGCCUCUUUUAAGUGCUUAGCUCCAGCUGUGAUAGUUUUGACAGAGUCUGGCAGAUCUGCUCACCUGGUGUCAAGGUACCGCCCACGUGCUCCCAUCAUUGCUGUGACCCGUAAUGCUCAGGCCGCACGCCAGGCCCAUCUGUACCGUGGUAUUUUCCCCGUGCUGUGCAAAGAGCCAACCCAUGAUGCCUGGGCUGAGGAUGUUGACCUCAGAGUUAAUGUGGGCAUGAAAGUUGGUAAAGCCCGUGGAUUCUUCAAGACUGGUGAUCUAGUCAUAGUACUUACUGGAUGGCGUCCUGGUUCCGGCUAUACCAACACCAUGCGUGUUGUGCCAGUUCCAUAAAAUCAGACCCAGCAAUCUCAACCCUCCUUUUGUCUCACCACCUUCCCCUUGCAUUAGAUCAGCAAAUUGCUUGCAAUAUUGUCCUUGCCUGUAGAGUGGAUAGAGGCUGCCCGAAACCACCAAGUGCAGUAAUUGGGGGAAGAGAGACUAAGUCUAGAAAUACUUGAAAUAGUUCUCCGAUAAUUAGAACCCCUCCCCAAACUGUCCUGCCUUAUUUGUUGGGAACCAGCGUAAAAUUGUCUAGUGUGGCAACUUGGGCUGCCCAGUGUUUCUUCUUCGGCUCUCGAGUCCAAAGAAACAGGAGGGCUUCAUCCAACUAGUAAGGCAUUUUAUCCAGUGGCAAUACCUGCCAAGUCCCUUUUCUGUAGUUCUGUACUGUCAGGUCUCCACACAAACACUCCGGAUUAGGAUCUACAUAGACCGACAUAGCUCUCCUUUCUGUAACAUCUCUAGUCUUGCUGUGUCCCUGUGGGUAUACAGGGGUUUUUGGUACACUGUAACCGGAACUCUACAACACAAUCACUUGGAUAUCUUAACUGUACACUCCAAUAGGUAGUGACAGAAAACAUCACAUGCUUGUCCCUUGAAGUUCCAGAAAACCUGGAUUUAAAAAUGGAUGGCUGUAUCUUAUUGCCAGCACAGCUAGAGAAUAGCAAUGGAAAUGAGUGUCUACAGGGUUCUUUUGCUCCCAGAGUCUACUCAGGUACAGAUUGCUUCAGGUUUGAUAUAAAAACUAAAAAUGGCAUAUUUUGUGUAUGGAACUUUAAAGGGCUGAGCAGUGCAGUAAAAAAUUCACCUGAUGCACUCCCCACAUCUCAAGCUGCUUGUGCGCCUGUUGCAGUGUUGUGUUUUGUGUUCAAGUUGAGUCGUGUUUCCUGAGCACUAACUAUCCUCUAUAAAUCAGGAUGAUUUACCUACUGUAACAGGUGUAUCGGGUUGUAGAGUACAACUUUGUACAUCAAUAAAGCAGAGCUCACAUACCUA